AUGAGGAUUCUCUGUCUCCAUGGUGUAGGCAGCUCCGGCGCCAUUCUUGAAAAGCAGAUGUCUAAUCUGCGGCGUGAACUGGACCCCAGCUUCGAGCUUGUAUUUGUGGACGGGCCGUUCGAGUGUGGAAGGGGACCUGGCGUCUCGGAAUACCAGCCCGGCCCAUAUUUUUCUCACACGCAAGGGUAUUCUCCUGCAGACAUCACACAAGCGCUCGGUUACCUCGAAGAAAUCCUUGAAGAUGAGGGCCCCUUUGAUGGCAUCUUUGGGUUCAGUCAGGGCUCAGCCUUGACACUGUCAUAUCUCUAUCAACAGCAGGCAGCCGGCUGCCCAGUUGCAGUCAAGUUUGCGUGUCUUUUCUCGGCUGCCAUGCCGUGCAGUCCUGAUGCUACUUUGGGGCAUGCAGUUAUCUCAAAGUUGCGAGCUAUGGAAUACGACAUCAUGGAUCGAGCAGGAGCCAACGGGAGAGAUCUGACGAGCGAAGAGCAAGAGUUGGUGGAGAUCCUGCAGCGGACGGUGGUAGAAGCUGCUAUCCAAGAUCCGCUGUUCCCGUGGACGGACAUGGACGUAUAUCGUCGCGGGAAAGUUGAUGCUAUUCCUCGCGUGAUGUAUUCAUCGGCACUGGUGCAAAAGAUUCAAAUUCCAACUGUCCAUGUAUGGGGUAAGAACGACUUUGAGUAUAUGAUCCGGAUGGCUGAGUUGUCCUGCGGUCUAUGUGACCAGUCCAUUUCCAAACGAGUUUUGCAUAGUGGGUUGCACGAUAUGCCGAAGAAACAGGCUGAGAUCAAAGACGUACUUCGCAAGAUCGACUGGGCUAUAGCACAAGCAUAA